AUGGAAGAUGGCGUAUGGAUGGUGUAUCAAGACGGUAUGAAACCAACAUUUCUCGAACCUAAGAUGCAGUUGAAAGACGCCAGUCAUGUGGAAUGCCGUACUGAGGAGCGUGACGGCGGGCUGUUUAGACGCUGCAGAAGCGGUGCAGGACCGAUGCAGGAGAUUUGUUCUAGCGCCGAAGAUGGAAUUUUCCAAGAGGUGAGGCGAUCCCUCCCGUCCGGUGUUGGUGCUGCCAUAGGUAAGGAAAACCACGGACCUCAAGUCCGGCCCCCGGUGCCCCCCGAUGACGGGCGGAAAGCACUGGCAUUGGCAGGGUGCUUUGACACUUUCCCGCUCGCACCCACCAAGAGACCGAGGGGGACCGCAGAGACCGAGCCUCGAGGGGAGUGGGGGGUCCAGCCAAUUCCCGGCGCUGUAUCCCAUUUCCAGUACGAUUGCCCCGAAGAGCCCCAGCCAACCCCGAACAUAUCUUUAAUAACCUGGUCGUCGCUCUUCUCUUUGAUCGCGGACUGGGAGCACAUCACUGGCCCCUCCGGCGGUAGGAGGGAAAAGACCCGGCACCUUGCUGGGCCCUCUGCAAAUCCCGCCUUCCGUCAUCCACACAGAUACCUUUCCUCUGGUUCCAUCCGCCCACACCUGCUCAACUUCUCCCCUCCCUUGACCGCUCCGAUGCCAAUCCGGGCCAACAUGCCUGUUCCCGGCUUUCACUUCUUCAAUGGAAGCCAUGAACGGCCUCACAAUUGGUUACAUGGAGACGAAACGAACCAAGCUAUUUGCUAUCCACCUGAUGUAAUCCAGGGACUGGAGAUCCACCUUCAAAUACUUGUUCUAUGGGAUGCUUCGGGCCCGUGUUAUUGGUUCUCACUUUGCUACCGGUUCAGUCUUGCCUCGUCUAGCCCGGACUUAUCAGAGCCGGAAUGUGGCUUCAAGUCUCAUUUCUCAUACUUCUCAGAGAACAGCAGAGUUGACGGUCUCGCCUGA